UGGGGGGGAGAGGGCGCGCGCCUCGGGGAGAAGCGGAGCGGCCGCCGCCAUCUGCGGACCAGCGGGAGCCUCACUCCCCCAACUUCUCCCUCGGUGCCCCCGGACCUGCCUUUCAAUGGGAAGUUCGCACUUGCUCAACAAGGGCUUGCCUCUCGUAAAAAUUUGAACACGAUCCAGGCUUCAGUGGUUGCAGUGGAUAAGAAGUUUAAAAGCUUUGGUUCAAGAAAAUUUAAAGACAUGGAAGUAAGGAUCCAGUGACAGGACGCUAUUCUCCCUGGGAAUUCUGAAGACAAUAAAGCGUUGAAAAAUCGAAUUCAUGAUCCUGGAACUCGAGCUCAUAUUAAGAAAUGUCAGGCAUUCGACCUCCAAUCAUGAAUGGGCCCAUGCACCCACGUCCAUUGGUAGCAUUACUGGAUGGCCGAGAUUGUACAGUAGAAAUGCCCAUUUUGAAAGAUGUAGCUACAGUGGCAUUUUGUGAUGCACAGUCCACACAAGAAAUUCAUGAAAAGGUACUAAAUGAAGCAGUGGGUGCCUUGAUGUAUCACACUAUCACUUUAACGCGAGAAGAUCUGGAGAAAUUCAAAGCUCUUCGAAUAAUUGUCCGAAUUGGCAGUGGUUUUGAUAACAUCGACAUCAAGUCUGCUGGGGAUUUAGGAAUUGCAGUAUGCAAUGUGCCAGCUGCAUCAGUAGAAGAGACUGCAGAUUCUACCAUGUGCCACAUCCUGAACCUUUAUAGACGAACUACCUGGCUCCACCAGGCAUUGCGAGAAGGCACAAGAGUCCAAAGUGUGGAACAGAUCCGAGAAGUUGCUUCUGGAGCUGCCAGGAUUCGAGGGGAGACCUUGGGCAUUAUUGGAUUAGGUCGUGUUGGACAGGCGGUUGCGCUGCGUGCCAAAGCCUUUGGCUUCAAUGUCAUUUUCUAUGACCCGUACCUGUCUGAUGGCAUUGAGCGUGCUCUGGGGCUCCAGAGAGUGAGCACUUUACAGGACCUGCUAUUUCACAGUGACUGUGUAACCCUACACUGCAGCUUGAAUGAACACAAUCAUCAUCUGAUUAAUGAUUUCACCAUUAAGCAGAUGAGACAAGGGGCUUUCCUGGUGAACACAGCACGAGGUGGGUUGGUAGACGAAAAAGCACUGGCACAGGCCCUGAAGGAAGGAAGGAUACGAGGGGCAGCCUUAGAUGUACAUGAGUCAGAACCAUUCAGCUUUAGCCAGGGUCCCCUAAAGGACGCACCAAAUCUGAUCUGCACUCCCCAUGCAGCAUGGUACAGCGAGCAGGCCUCCAUUGAGAUGCGAGAAGAGGCUGCACGAGAGAUCCGGAGAGCCAUCACAGGUCGUAUUCCAGACAGCCUGAAAAACUGUGUUAAUAAAGAUCAUUUGACUGCAGCUACACAUUGGGCCAGUAUGGACCCAGCAGUAGUUCAUCCAGAGCUUAAUGGUGCCGCAUAUAGCAGGUACCCUCCAGGUGUGGUAAGCGUGGCUCCAGCUGGCAUCCCUGCGGCAGUAGAAGGAAUAGUCCCCAGCGCCAUGUCUUUAUCCCACGGGCUCCCCACGGUGGCCCAUCCUCCCCAUGCUCCUUCCCCUGGCCAAACUGUCAAACCAGAAGCUGAUAGAGACCACCCAAGUGACCAAUUGUAGCCUAAGAAAAUAGCAUUCCCAACAUUGGAGCUUUCAACUUUGAAGAUGACGUGGAAAAAAAAUCUGGAUUUUUGAAUAGAGGCAAAACCAUGAACUUGCAGGAGACCAUAAUUGUUUUAGAAACUGGUCCAAUAUACAGAUAUAAAAGGCAAAAGGUGUGGGAGGUGAAAAGAAGAUUUGGAAAACUUUUUUUCCUCCGUAUAAAUUGUAGUUUGUCCCCCGUCCAGUGGACUGAUUCACUGUUUCUGUGUCCUAUGGGUUCUUUGUUAAGCAAGAGAAGUUAGUAGUUAAUUAUAUCAUGAAUGUACUUGUCUGUGUACAGUUUUUAGAACAUUAAAAAGGAUUUGUUUGCUUAGCUGUCAACAAAAAAGAAAGCAAAAAGGAGGCAUUCAGAAAACCAAUUUUGAGAU